AUGCCGCCUGGAAAUACUAAGCCGAGUCCACGGAUAGCGAUUAUCGGCGUUUGCCAGGUCGGCGCCGCUGCUGCCAACGCGCUCAUCCUCGGCUCCGUCGCGACCGAGCUGGUCCUAGUUGAUGUUAAAGUUGACCUGAGAGACAGCCAGGUCCGCGAUCUCUCCGAUGUGACCUACAGCCGCAACAGCGCUACGAGCGUGCGAGCCGGCACGCACCAAGAGGCAGGGCAGUGCGACAUUGUUGUCAUUACCGCAGGGUCAAAGUAUUCUUUAGGUCAACCUAGCAUCGACCACAUGUACCGGAACAUUGCGACUAUUCGGAGUGCAAUCAAAGCAAUGAAGCCAUUUAGAUCAGACACCAUCUUACUCGUCGUGGCGAACCCUGUCGAUCUUCUCACGUCCCUUGCUCAAGAGCUCUCCGGACUUCCGGCAUGUCAAGUUUUGGGCUCAGGCACCUUCCUGGACUCGGUGCGUCUUCGUGGGCUGUUGGCAGCCCAAGCUGGAGUCGCAGCCAAUUCAAUAGACCUCUACGUAUUAGGUGUGCAUGGCGAUUCUCAAGUUGUUGCAUGGUCGACUGCAACUAUUGCUGGUGUUCGAGUCGAGAAAUACCUCUUGCCUAGCAUUUUCAACCAUGCCGACCUUGAGAAUGAUUGCAAAUACAGAUCGCAGAGCGUUAUCCAGGUUAAAGGGGCGACACCCUUUGGAACCGGCGCUGUUGUGUCUAGCAUGUGUUCUUCUAUUCUCUUGGACAAGCGGAAUGUUCGUCCCGUUAGCCAUUUCCAAAAGGAGUUCGGUUGCUGUUUCAGCUUGCCUGUGGUCCUUGGGAGGAAAGAGAUCAUAAAGACCAUUCAGAUGCCGCUGAAUGGCGACGAGAAUGCUGAUAUAGCCAAGUCGGCGAUGACGCUGAAAGGCAUGAUUGAGCGGAUCAAAGAGGAUCAGCAGGCUUAA